AGUCUAUAUAUUAAAACCCUCCAUUUUAUUUCCCAGUUAAUUUUCAAACAAAGGUCUCUGAAGAAAAUGGCUAUGGCAGCAAUUUUGUUGCUGUUUUUAACGUUAUUUUCGAAUUCAAAAGCUGAUCGAGAUUUCGAUGUUCGUCAACACCUCUGUACUGUAACAAGAUAUGGUGCUGUGAAAGAUAUUGUUGACAAUUCGUUUAUACCUUCUGAUAUUCCUCAAGGCUGUACUCCUAUCCACUUAAAUCUUGUGGCAAGACAUGGAACGCGUUCUCCUACAAAGAAGCGGGUGAGAGAGAUGGAAAAGCUGGCUUCUCAUAUAAAGGAACUUAUAGAAGAUGCCAAACAGAGGAAUUUGUCCUUACAAAAAGUCCCUGCUUGGUUUCAUAACUGGGAGUCUCCUUGGAAAGGGAAACUGAAAGGUGGAGAGUUGGAUAUCAAAGGAGAAGAGGAAUUGUAUCAGCUUGGAAUCAGGGUUAGGGAAAGAUUUCCUGAUAUAUUUAACGAGGAAUACCACCCCGAUGUGUAUCCCAUAAAGACUACUCAAAUUCCUCGGGCUUCCGCUAGUGCUGUUGCAUUUGGCAUGGGGCUAUUUAGUGGAAAAGGAAGUCUAGGUCCAGGUCGUCAUCGAGCAUUUGCUGUUACAAGUGAAAGUCGAGCAAGUGACACAAUCCUGAGGUUUUUUGAGUGUUGUCAAACCUACAAGGACUUCAGGAAAAACCAAGAGCCUUCUUUCAAUAAGCUGAAAGAACCGAUCCUGACAGAGAUUACCUCUGCAUUGGCUAAGCGGUAUGAGUUCAAUUUUACAAGACAGGAUAUAUCCUCUCUCUGGUUUCUGUGUAAACAGGAAUCAUCCUUGUUGGAUAUAACUGAUCAAGCUUGCAGUCUUUUCAGUCCCACUGAGGUUGCUUUGUUGGAGUGGACGGAUGAUAUACAGAUGUUCAUGGUAAAGGGUUAUGGUAAAUCAUUAAAUUAUAGAAUGGGAGUGCCUUUGCUUAAAGAUGUUCUGCAAUCCAUGUCAGAAGCUAUCAACGCUGACGAAGAUAACCAAGUACCUGGCAGUUAUGAGAAGGCAAGAUUGCGUUUUGCACAUGCAGAAACUGUAGUUCCUUUUUCGUGCUUGCUUGGGCUUUUCCUUGAAGGAUCUGAUUUUGAACGAAUACAAAAGGAGGAGCCUUUGGAUCUCCCUCCUAAGCCUCCCCAGAAAAGAAAUUGGAGAGGCAGCAUUGUGGCACCUUUUGCUGGGAAUAAUAUGCUGGUCUUAUAUAGCUGUCCGGCUAAUUCUUCAAGCAAAUACUUUGUGCAAGUUCUACACAAUGAGCAUCCCAUCCCAAUGCCUGGUUGUGGCAGUACCGACUUUUGUCCAUUUCAAGUUUUCAAGGAUAAAAUUGUCGAACCCCAUUUUAUGCACGAUUACGAUACCCUUUGCAAUGCACAUCUUGAUGAGUCAAAGCAUAAGCCUGAAACCAGUAAGUUAUCACAACUGUUCCAUUGGAUCUUUCGGCUGGGGGGGAAUGAUGAUACACCAUCCCACGGAGUUGAAUUGUAGUCUGCUUUUCAAGGAACAAAAAUUGAAGGCAUAUGCGUUGGGGACUGUCAUGGGGGAAUCCACAGUAUGGAACGAAGGGAAGUACAGUAGAUUGAUAGUAUACGAGGACAUUGUCCCCACCUUAGUAUUUUAUUGUUAAUAAAACUUAAAUUAAUUAACUCCUGUGUUGGUUGUAUACGAAGGUUUUUGGAGAGUUUGUGGUUGGAGGAAACGGUGAGACAUUUAAUGACAAAAUUAUUAGGAAAA